AUGCCAAACCGAAAACAGGUCAAGUUCUUCUUCGAUGUCAUCUCUCCAUACAGUUACUUUGGUUUCGAAGGAAUCACUCGCCAUCGUACAGUAUGGAAGACUCCAAUUCAGAUGAAACCAUUCUUCUUCGCAGGAGUUGUCAGACACACAGAGAACCCUGGUCUUCCUCUUCGUGUCCCUAUCAAAGAGAAAUACAUGCACAAAGAUCUUCUAUUCAGUGCUCAAUACUGGGGUAUCCCAUUCCGUCUCCCAAAGGACUACACGAAUGUGAUGCUCAACACUAGCUCCAUCGUCCCUCAACGCAUCCUUGUUGCUGCUCAACUACGUGACAACGCCUUAAUGGAAGACGUCGCCCGUGCACUCUGGCAUCGUUUCUAUGCCUACGGAAAGCCAAUUUUCACAAAGAGCCAAGUAGCAGAAGUGCUUCGAGAUUUGCAUGUGAAGAAUUCUGAUGAGUUGCUGAUGAUGAGCGAUUCAGCGGAGGUCAAGAAUAUUUUGAGAGAGAAUACAGACGAAGCAAUCGGAAAUGGGUGCUUCGGAGCUCCAUGGAUGCAUAUCACCGACAAUCACGGAAAAGUUCUCCAAACUGUAUUCGGAUCCGACCGUCUCCCACAAGUCGCCGAUUUCCUUGACGAGCCGUUCAAAGGACCAAUGAGAGAGAAGAAGCAGAACGCCUAA